ACUACACAGAGCAAAUCAGACUCUCCUCAGGUAUAUAUUUUUUCAAGCAAAAUGAGGGCUGUAGUAGUGGUUCUUGCUCUGGCAGUCAUUUCUGGCUGCCAUGCUCGUGCCUUGUUCCAGGCUGACGAGGUCCAGUCCAAAUGGGAAGAAUCGGUUGACCGAUUCUGGCAGUUCAUCUCCGACCUCAACACUAAUACUGAUAGUGUAGUGGAUUCCAUGAAAAGCUCCCAACUCGGCAGGGAACUUGACACUCUGAUCACAGACACCAUGUCCGAGCUGCUUGCUUACAGACAGGGUCUCGAGAGCAAGCUGGGUCCCUAUGCUACAGAUGCCACAGGUCAGCUGAAACAGGACAUGGAUCUUUUAACCAGCAAGCUGCAGAAUGACAUGGUUGAUGCAAGAGAGCGUUCCACACAGUACUUCCAAGAGCUUAAGACCAUGAUGGAGCAGAACGCUGAUGAUGUUAAGACCCGUCUCAAUGCCUACACCCGCAAGCUGAAGAAACGUCUGAACAAGGACACCGAGGAGAUCCGCAACACUAUGGCCACCUACGUGAGCGAGCUGCAGUCCCGUGCCUCUCAGAGCGCAGAGACUGUGAGGGGCCACGUGGAACCCUUUGUAAAGCAGGCUCAUGAGAGUGUCGGCCAGAAGUUGGGCACCAUCACCGAAAUGCUGCACAGCCAGACUCAGGGCAUGAGCCAGCAGCUGGAAGUGCAGGCCAAAGAACUGCAGGUGCAGUUGGAGGAGACCGCUGACCAGCUGCGCACUUCCCUCGAGGGUCGCAUCCAGGAGCUCACCAGCCUCCUCAAUCCCUAUACUCAGAAGAUCCGUGAACAGCUGCAGACUGUUAUGGAGAAAAUCAAAGAAGCCUCAGAGGCUCUUCCAGCACAAAUGUAAUAAUGCAAUAGUGUUGUACUGAUGCUUUAUGCUCUUUUUACUGUGUGAGAUGGGAAAUAGAAAGGUAACAACUAGACGUAGCUGAACAAGUCUUUUAAUUUUGAAAGGUGAACCACUGUGUAACCAUCAACUGCUCUCUCAGUAUUAAUCCACUCAAUAUUGUUUCUGUAAAGUGCAAUAGGCUAAAUUUGUAACCGCAUUGGCUUAUCAUAGCAAGUCUGUCUGUUAUUAAAUGUCUUAUGGUUUGACAUUUGGACCAAAAUCUCUUCUGCACCAUGUCUUAAAACCACCAUCAAACCUCGUGUUUAUGAUGUAGUCAGUUAAAAACCAACUUUUUCAAAUAAAAAUGCUAUUUUGCUACCUAAAAAAUCUGCAAACAAGUGUCCAUUGGUUUUGUGUAAUGCUGUGCACAGCUGUUCGACCUGUAUGCAAUAAAUGUGUGACAGUUCACAAAC